AGCAGUGAUGAGAAAGAAACAAUCGAUGAGUUCGACGAGUACUGGAAAUCAAAGAAUGGGGAAGAAGUACUCGAAGAAGCAGAAAAGCAGUUACGGUUAUUAGAGAAGCGACUGGUAGAACUUAGAUGCCAGAGCGCCUCAGUCCAGCAGGAAAUGAGUCAACAGCCACACCAUGUGGGCCAGAUAACCCUACCACAGGUAGUGGCAAACCCUUUGAGUGAGAGCCCGCCACACGUAACAUCGGAAAUACCCAUAGUAAAUCCCAAUUCAGCAAGCCUUGAAACACGUAAUACAUUGGACAACUUAUGGCGUGCACUAGAUAGACGCCUACUAGGUAAUGAAUUGAAAAUUCCGGAAUUCAGUGGGAAGGCUUCCGAUUUUGAUUCAUUUUGGGAAUUGUUUGAGGAAUUAGUUGACAAGCAACCUUACUCGAAUAUUGAGAAGUUUCCAAUAUUGAUUAACUGCUGCACAGGAGAUGCGGCAAGAACGAUCCAAAUGAUCCCAAGGACAGGCGACUCCUAUGGUAAAGCAGUUGAGCAGUUGAAAAAACAAUACAAAGAUCACAAAGAGGACGACCCCAGGUCACUAAGAAACACUUUGAAUGACGUUCAGGCCGGUAUAGCACCUUAUCGGACGUCGGGAGAAAAUAAGGGGUAG